AUGGCUGCAACCAGAGCACUGGAGACCGGCCUCCAGCGGAUGUCCAUUGCAGAUGAGAACAACCCUGGCGAGGCCGGCCGCAUCUACCAAAAGUCAAAGACUGUCGCCAAUUCUUCCGUACAGCUCUCCCAGUCCAUCAGCAGACCAGGCCUGUUCAAGGUUGCUCUCCAGUCCCAGAACACGAACACGGUCACAACAGUGACUCUGCCUUCCCAGCAGGCUGUGCAAAAGAAGGGCUCAGCAUCGUCAACCGUCUCAACAUUACCUCCCUCGCCCACAAAGAAAAGUGCCCAGUCCACCACCGUCACCCUGCCCUCUCAAACAGCCCAGCGGAAAGCCCAGGCGGCCAGCAGCAACCCCCCCUCGCCGACCAAGAAGCAAAAGUCGAGCUCCGCCAGCUCGAUCGCCUCCCGGAGGUCAGACGAGGCCGAGUCGGAGCAGCAGCAGCAGCAGUCCCAGCAGCUGACCCUGCUGGACGAGCCGCGGAUAUUCCACCUCGGCAUGUUCGAGAUCGGCAAGCCGCUGGGCAAGGGCAAGUUCGGGCGGGUGUACCUGGUCAAGGAGCGCAGCAGCGGCUUCAUCUGCGCCCUCAAGGUCAUGUACAAGUCGGAGCUGCAGCAGGGGUCGGGCGUCGAGAAGCAGGUGCGCCGCGAGAUCGAGAUCCAGAGCAACCUGCGGCACCCCAACAUCCUGCGCCUGUACGGGCACUUCCACGACCCCAAGCGCAUCUUCCUCAUCCUCGAGUAUGCCGGCCAGGGCGAGCUGUACAAGCUCCUGCGCAAGGCGAACCGGUUCCCCGAGUGGAAGGCGGCCCAGUACGUCGCCCAGAUGGCCUCGGCGCUGAGGUACCUGCACCGCAAGCACGUCAUCCACAGGGAUAUCAAGCCUGAGAACAUCCUGGUUGGUAUCCAUGACGAGAUCAAGAUCUCGGACUUCGGCUGGAGUGUUCACGCCCCUAACCACAGGCGGGCUACCCUCUGCGGUACCCUGGAUUACCUCCCUCCCGAGAUGAUCAAGUCCGGAAGCAAGGAUAACUGGUACGACGAGAAGGUUGACCUGUGGAGUCUGGGUGUUUUGACCUACGAGUUCUUGGUUGGCGAGGCGCCCUUUGAGGACACCCCCGUCAUGACCCAGCGACGUAUUGCCCGGGCGGACAUGACCAUCCCAUCCUUCGUCAGCCCUGAGGCUAGGGACCUCAUUAAAAAGUUGCUGGUGCUGGACCCGGAGAAGAGAUUGCCGCUCGAGGAUGUCCACACACACCCUUGGAUCCUUAAGCACUGCGUCAAGGGAGAGCGGGCCACUAACCGGGAGAGUAAAUGA